CCCUAUGCAGUUCAUCUUCGACGAAAAAAAAAGAAAAAAAACCAAAACAAUAAAACGUUUCCGGGGACGUCUAAAUAUUUCAUUGUAAACCAAGUGGAUCUCUGUGGAUAGAUACUCUUAAGAUCACUGGGUAAUCAUGGAAGAACUUACAGCUUUUGUAUCAAAAUCAUUUGACCAAAAAAGCAAAGAGAGCAACAGCGGUGGUGGCAACAAGAAGGAGACAAUUACAUACAGGGAAGUUUUGGAGACUGGCUUGGCUAGGGCCAGGGAGCUGGGAAACUCAGAUACUAACCUCCAGGACAUUACUGACAGCAGCAACCACUGUCCAUUGCAUCUGUUCAAGGAGCACUCUGACAGUGACAAGGAUAAAAUCAAAGAUUAUAGCACUGGAAGGAUUUCAGAAGGGAUUUAUGAAUGCAAGGAAAAGAGGGAAGAAGUAAAAUCUGAAGAUGAAGACGGACAAACUAAGCUCAAGCAGAGGAGAAGCAGAACUAAUUUUACAUUAGAACAGUUAAAUGAGCUUGAAAGACUGUUUGAUGAAACUCACUAUCCUGAUGCCUUCAUGAGGGAAGAACUCAGCCAGAGGCUGGGGUUGUCAGAAGCCAGGGUACAGGUUUGGUUCCAGAACCGAAGGGCGAAGUGUAGGAAGCAAGAAAACCAAAUGCAUAAAGGUGGGUACGGUGUGAUUCUGGGAACUGCCAGUCACUUAGAAACCUGCAGAGUUGCUCCAUAUGUGAACAUGGGGGCCCUGAGAAUGCCUUUUCAACAGGUCCAAGCUCAGCUACAGUUGGAAGGAGUAGCCCAUGCUCAUCCUCACCUUCACCCGCACCUGGCCGCACAUGCUCCUUAUCUGAUGUUCCCUCCUCCACAUUUUGGACUUCCAAUUGCAUCUCUGGCAGAAACUGCUUCAGCUGCAGCUGUGGUAGCAGCUGCUGCAAAAAGUAACAGCAAAAACUCCAGUAUUGCUGAUUUACGACUCAAAGCAAGAAAACACGCCGAGGCUUUGGGGCUUUGACACUUUUAGCCAUUGAUAAAGUUGAACUGAAACAUUAGUUCCGUUUUCCACUUUUACAUGACUCUCCAGAUACCAAACAUGGUGGUAAAAUGCUUUUAAAAUAGCAAAGACACUAAAGGGUCUACAUUUUGAUUCUCUUACGUUAAAGAGAAUGAAAGAUUCAGCAAAGGCACCACGUGGGCUAGUUUACUAAACUAAAAUUAAGCUUGAAGUUGAACUUACCAUUAUUUUUUGUAAGUUUCCAGCCACAUUGUUUCUGGAUUUGAUUUAACAUAAGGAUAUAUAUCAGAAACAAGCUUAUAUACCAUGGAAAUAUAUCAAGAACUUUUAGAAGAGGACGAUAUGGUAGAAAAAAAGUGAGAUUUUUAACCCAUGGAAAAAAAAAAUCUGACUUCAGUAUUACAUCAUCAGCUGCUUUUACUUUUCUAUCCUGUGCAUGUGUCUAAGCAAACAAAUUUGGAAAAUUUGUAUAAAUAUAUAUCAGUAUAUAAUGAUAACUCAUCAUUGGGGCUGGUCUCCGUUAAACUGGCAUUCAUUCUGUUGACAAUAUUAUUAUUUCACUACCAUGAGAACCAUCCAUCACUGAAGCAGAACAGGUCUGACCAUAAAAUGGAGCUACAGAUCUAAUGCAAGCAACGCUAUUUGUAAUUACCCCUUUGCAAAACAGGUAGCAAUAAUUUUGGGUCUUCGGUGGUUAUAUUUUUAAAUUGAAAUAUGCUACAAUGUAUCAAACAUAGGCUGUUUGAAUGUGGAGACAUAUAGUAUCUAUCAUUUUUAGCAAACAUGGCAAACUAUUUAAUAACAGCGACUAGGGUUAAAAUAAAGAUUUAGUAGGUUUGUACACCUUUGCAAUAUUAACUUAUUGGGAUAAGGAAGAAGAUGGACUUCUGGUGUCAGAAAAUAAUAUUGAUACAGCAUCAAUGUUAGUGAAAAGCAAUUAAGAGCAGUAAAGUGCAAUACUGUAAAUAUUAUAGAUUUAAAGAAUGAAAUGAAAGCUUCAAAUGUUGAUAAGUUCGUUUGCAUUCACCAAGGCCUAGCCUUUUGUGCUUCACUGGUUUGAUGCAGUUUGUUGCCAAAAUGAGUGUAUCCCAUAGAAAUGGAUAUAGUAAUAUUAAGUCUACUAUAUUGUAUAAAAAUAAUGCCAUGAUUUUUAGUGAAGUCGAUGUGCCAUAUUAUUAAGAGUUACGCUAAAAAUCUGGCAUGCUGUUUUUUUUUCUAUCUGCCAAGACGUUUUGUAGCACAAAACAACAUAUAUAAGUUUGAGGUGCACACACCCCUUAUCAGUAUUAGAACCAUGUUAAAAGACUUCUGACUGCAGUAAGCAACAUAGGAAAAUUCUGUUAAAACAGAUACCAAAGUGUUUUUUUUUUUUUUUUUUUUAAACAACUAGUUGUAUCUUUCGUCUAAUUUACUGUUGAGUAACAAGCUAUUUGAUUAUUAAGAAAAUCAACAUUGGUCCAGUUUACCUCAAAAAUAAAAACAAAAAGCAAACCACACAUUACAGUAUUUUACCUUGAUUCAUUUGGAAUUUGUGUUCAGUACAUCCAAGACAGACAAACAAUUAUUUUUAUUUGUAAAGAUGUAUGUGGAUGUUUUAUUUAUUAUUUUGUUUGAAAUUUUAUAAUUGUAUAUUUUAAUUAUGUUGAGUGUAAAUUUUACAAUGCUUUGCCUUUAUUUUUAUAUUUUUUGAAACCUGAUGCUUUUGCAAGAUAUUAGGGUGUUUCAGUCUAAUUUACACAUUUAUUUCUUGUCACACACACACACAUGCAUAGUGUGUCUGAGUUUACAGACAUUUCAGGGAUUGCAGAUAUGAAGAAUAUUAACCUUUUCCAAACCAACAGGUCUUAAAAACUGUACCACAUUUUUAUAAUGUAUUUCUUUUUAUUUCUUUAUUUUUUUCCCUGCAAAAAUGCUAUACCAGCAUGCUUUGACACAAAUUCACUAAACAUGUUAAUUUCAGUUUGAGAGUGUUUUGUUAAACCACAUGAUAUGAACCAUCCCGUACAAGUGAACAAUUAAUAAAAUUCUAAAAAUAUUUGCAUUCAUAACCUGAAUGUUUCAACACA